AGUUACAAGCAUAAAACUAUUUAUAAUAAUAAGUUAAGGAUUUAUUAGGAUGGUGUCACUCAUACAGAAAUCUGAUCAAAGAAUGACACCAAUAAAGACGGUUUUUCUUGAUCUUAACGACGACCCUACUCAGAAAGAUAAAACGAGAGCGGAGGCAUUCGGGCUUUUGACCAAAAUGGAACAACUUGAGACAGUUAUUUUAAUAAUUAUUCGUAAAAGAAUCUUUGAGAAGUUCAACCAAGUUAUCAAGAAAUUGCAGUUCGUCGAGUUUAAUUUAGGUAUGGUUGAAGAACUGUACAAUUCCUUGGAGCAUUAUAUGCUCGCUCUAAUUUCAAGCAAAAUGAAAAGAAAGCCGUGCCUUCGGUCAAUCUCUGCAGCAUCUCGAAGAUCACUUGAUCAAAACUUGAACUCUGGAUCUUUUAAAAUUAAUUAGAUUUAAGAAUUUUGAAUCACUUUUCUUUAAUAUUGACGCAGCCCUUCAAAUCUUCUUGAUCACCACUGCAAAAAAUUGUUCUGAAGAACGUUCACUUUCAACAUUGAAAAGUAUCAAAAAUUUUUAUAGUUCAACUAGAGGUAUAUAACAAACAUAAAAAAUACUUAUAAUAUA